UAGCAGAAGUGUUUGACUGCAGGAGUCACUGAACUCGCUGCUCUGGAGCUGAAGAACUGUUAGUUAUUCUACAGGUGCUGCUGAUUUUUGUUAAUUUGGUGUUUUAAUUAAAGCAGCUGCUGCAGAAAUGUCUAAGCAGGGAGAGCUCGUGCUGCAGAACUACAUCGGGGGGAAGUUCGUGCCCUGCAGCAAACACCUGGACUCAUACGACCCCUCAGUGGGGCAGGUCUACUGCAGGGUGCCGGACAGUGGAGCUCAGGAGGUGGAGGCAGCAGUGAAGGCAGCUAAAGAGGCGUUUCCUGGCUGGUCUGAGAAGAGUCCAGCAGACAGAGCGAAGGUGAUGAAUAAACUGGCUGAUCUGAUGGAGGCUCGUCUGGAGGAGUUCGCCCAGGCGGAGUCUAAAGAUCAGGGGAAGACAGUAACAGCCGCCAGAACCCUCGAUAUCCCUCGCGCUGUUCAAAACUUCAGAUACUUCGCCUCCUCCAUCCAACACCACACUACAGAGUGCAGCCAGCUGGACCACAUGGGCUGCAUCAGCUACACCAUCCGCUGCCCUGUGGGAGUGGCUGGUCUGAUCAGCCCCUGGAAUCUGCCCCUGUAUCUCCUCACCUGGAAGAUCGCUCCAGCCGUCGCCAUGGGCAACACGGUGGUGGCUAAACCCAGUGAGAUGACCUCAGUGACCGCCUGGAUGAUGUGCCAGCUGCUGGAGGAGGCAGGUUUUCCCCCCGGUGUAGUGAACAUUGUGUUUGGGACUGGUCCGCGUGCGGGUGAUGCUCUGGUGGCUCACCCUGACGUCCCGUUAAUUUCGUUCACUGGCAGCACAGCUACAGCCAGAGCAAUCACAGAGCGCAGCGCCCCCUACUGUAAGAAGCUCUCUCUGGAGCUGGGGGGUAAAAACCCUGCUAUCGUGUUUGCUGAUGCUGACCUGGAGCAGUGUAUCAGCACCACUGUGCGCUCCAGCUUCGCCAAUCAGGGAGAGAUCUGUCUGUGUACCAGCAGGAUCUUUGUGGAGCGCAGUAUUUACCCACAGUUCCUGGCAAAGUUUGUGGAAGCAGCUCGGCAGUGGAAAACGGGUGCGCCCUCUGACCCCUACAGCAUCAACGGUGCUCUAGUGAGCAAGGAGCACCUGGAGAAGGUCAGGAGUUACGUGGCUCUGGCGAGGGCAGAGGGAGCUCAGAUACACUGUGGGGAGGGAGUCGACGCUCUGAAUCUGCCGCCGCAGAACGCGGGUGGUUACUUCAUGCUGCCCACAGUCAUCACCGGGGUGAAGGACUCGUCUCGAGUGAUGCAGGAGGAGAUAUUCGGGCCGGUCACCUGCAUCACGCCCUUCGACCAGGAAGAGGAAGUUAUAGCUCGAGCUAACGCUGUGCGCUACGGCCUGUCUGCUGUUGUGUGGUCCAAGGAUGUAGGGCGAGUUCACAGAGUUGCUAGGCGACUGGAGGCGGGGCUGGUGUGGACCAAUUGCUGGUUGAUCAGAGAUUUGAACCUCCCGUUCGGGGGGAUGAAGUGUUCGGGGGUCGGGAGAGAGGGAGGGAAAGACUCGUAUCACUUCUUUACUGAAGUCAAAACUAUUACUGUCAAACAAUAAUACUGACACACGUGCAGACACCGGCCACUUUAUUGGAAACAGUAUCAAUUAUUGGUCCAAUAUGUCCAAAAUGCUCUUGUAUGUAAAGAGAUGUAGUUCACUGAUUUAUUAUAACUAUAUAUAUAUAUACAUAUCCAUAUAUGAAUGUGGACAAAUCUAAUCAAUACAGCAUUAAGCUACAUACAGUACUGUGCAAAAGUUUUAGGCACCAAAGCAAUUGUACUAAUCCAAUUAUCUCAGCAAUAUGAGUGUUUAUACCUGAAAAAGCACCACAUAGGAUUUGAACAGAUGCAAAUAAACCUAAAUACAAUAAAACGCAACAAGAAAUUCUCAUUUUUAACUAUGUUAUAUCCUGUGAGUCAAGCUGAAGAACGAAGUUCAGAGAUUCCAGAUUUCUCCUGGAUGCUCCUCAGCCAGCAUGUUUAUAUUAUGUUCAGUUCCAUCAGCAGCUCACCUGAUUUACCACAUUUACCAGUAGUUUACCAAACCAGGUGUUGAUUAAUAUGAUGAGAACUAGAAAUUACUCUAUUAAACUCAGAUGAGGAGGAGAGAUUUGGAGCUGUUUUAAGAAAAACAAAAAGCUUUUUGUAAAAUUGCUGUUUGUAUUUAUUGUAAUGUUAAGUGUUUUACUGAGCUAAUAAACACAGAUAAGACACUUAUUCUUUACUUAAAUUCACACAGGUGCCUAAAACUUUUGCACAAUACUGUAAUUUAAGUCACCCAUUGCUGACACAGACGUGCAAUUGCACACACUGAUACAGCUUGUCUUGUGCCUGUAGAAUAGAAGUACUGCCAAUAGAAUAGGACUAGAAUAGAAUGAGGUUGUGAUCAUUCAACAUCAUGACUUCAUUAAUGUACUGAAUGUGCGACUAAUUGCAAUCAAAAUUUACCAGAUUAACAGUAUAUGGCCUUCAGGACUAGGUUUACAGUAUGUAAAUGGUGGUGUAGAAAUAUAAUUAGCCAAGACUGUGAUGUAACAGUUUAGGGGAUUUAAAAUUGGCCUGUUGUCCAGCUCUGUUUUGGUUCAGAUGUAUUUUCUUUUAAAAAUAAAGGACGACAGUAUUAAAAGUUUAAUGUUUAUAGUUCUGUGUACCACCGUUUUACCUUAUUGGAAAGUAUAUCAUAUAUCACAUGAUACAGAAAAAACAAAAAAAUCUAAAUUUCUGCUUUGUUUUUAAAUGACCUGCCCACUCAAACUUUAUACUGCUAUAGACCCAAAAUACUGAUCCUACAUUUGUAUCAUUUUUAGACUUUCACUGGUAUUUUAUAAUAUUCACAUAAUACAGGAGUUCCUUAUGCAAAUAUGUCUAUUGAAUGUGGGUGGAGCUUAGAAUAAUGAAGUGUAUAACAAAAGGCAGUUUACUGUUGUAAUUAUGGUGUUUAUUUAAAUUAAAGACAUUCUAAAUUUCUGAGGCAAAACAUCCACAAAUGAGAUAAUAAAAUGAAUUUAUCUUCUUCUGAACCAGUUUUUUUAAUAAAGAUUCCACUAAUAUUGUCCAAGCUUAAUCAGUGUAAACAGCAUGAUACACAAUAUCAAUGUAAUCAAAUAUAUCAAAAUAUAAUAAAAAAUAUGUAUGUUAAUAUAAUAAUAUAACAAUACAAUUGUAAUGUUUAAAUAAUAGUAUUCUGUGUGCACUGUUUCAGGAUAAUCUGAUUGUUUUUAUAUUUUGAAAUGUACAAGCAAUAAUGAGUAAAUGUAUAAGAGUCAAUAAUAUACAAUAAUACUGCAAUGUUUAAAAAUACUGAAAUUAAACAGUAACUUUGA